UUGGACCUGAUAAGGAAGGAUUGGUUCAUGACGUCAGGUCGCAAAAUGUCGACCGGGAAUGACGUCAGGCAGGCCGUCAACAGUAUGCGCAAUUUCGGCAACCAUUUCGUCGAGAAUGUCGUCAACACGGUUGACAAUGACGGUAACACGACUCUCCACUAUGCAGUAUCUCACGCCAACGCGCCUGUCAUAGAGGUGCUACUGGAUACUGGAGUCUGUGACGUCAACAAGCAAAACAACGCUGGUUACACAAGCAGCAUGUUGGCCGCAUUAUUAGUUGACGACGUCCAACGGCACCGACCACUGCUGAAAAAACUUUUCGACUCUGGCGACAUCAACGCCGCUUCAGAGCGCAGCGGACAAACAGCUUUAAUGUUGGCAUCGAGUCACGGCAGAGAGGACAUGGUCUCGCUUUUGUUGGAGUGCCAGGCAGACAUCAACAUGCAAGAUGAGGAUGGUUCAACUGCGCUGAUGUGCGCCAGCGAGCACGGACACAUCAACAUAAUUAAGAUCCUUCUGGCAAGUCCACUUUGUAACUCAUCCCUAUCAGACGUUGACGGAAGCACAGCCCUCUCGAUCGCAAUGGAGGAGGGUCAUCAGGACAUUGGAGUGCUCAUCUACGCGCACGUU